UAUAUAUUUGUAUAUUUACAAUGCAUUUAGCCAUCCAACUGCAUCCAACUACAUUCAAUUGAUUCAAUUGUUAAUAUGCCACAACAGCAGCUUCAAAAAGUAUUAAUUAUUUAAAAAUUUCAUGCUAUACUACUAGGAAAUUUGAUAAUUUGACAUGUUUAUUAAUAUUCUGUUGAUAAAUACGUUCCAUAGAACAAACUGUAUAACUUCACCUUCAGCAUUUAAGUUUCAAAUUAUAAUUUGUUUGAUAUCGUUAAUCCUAAUUCAGAAAGCACGUAGUGUAUCACGGACUGAUUUGAUGAAAUGUAAACUCACGCACAAAGGAAUAGAGUACAGAGGUUCAAUAGCAAAGACUAUCAGUGAUAUUCGAUGUCAAGCAUGGUAUACGACAGAUCCCAUGCAUGAGGUGAGCAGCUAUAUAGGCGAUCACGACUUCCCUGAGAGAUCAAUGAAAAAUGCAAAAAAUUACUGCAGGAAUCCAACAGAAGAUGCAGGAGGACCUUGGUGCUACACUAUGGAUGCUUCUCUCAUAGAUGACAAAUGCGAUGUAUCUCUUUGUAAUUUCGGAGAAUGUAAACUGUCGGGACUGGGAUCCGAAUAUGGUGGUAGCAAAAGCGUUAGCGCUUCAGGGAGCAAAUGUAAAUCGUGGCAGAAGCACUACAUACUUGAAGAUAGAGAGAAUUCGAAAUUUUACGGGAAGGAUUUCCCCGAUGAUUCUAUCAAGAAGGCUGGCAGCUUCUGCAGAAAUCCAUCGGGAGAUAUUGGAGGACCUUGGUGCUACAUCAAACAGAAAGACACAGAGUAUGUGGAGAAGGAAUACUGCGAUGUACUUUUCUGCGACGACAGAGAUUGCCUGGCAUUUACCAAAAACGUGACCAACUAUUCUAUAAUAACAAAAUUGAAUGCAGCUGUUGGUAAUACUUCCUUCUGGAUUAAAUUAUGGAAUCCUGACGACGAGAAAAGGGGGGAGGCGCGAAUUUUACUUAGCGUCCUGCCAGUACUGUUUUCUACCGACAAGACGUCUGAAGAAUGGGGUGCAGGUGUCGAGUUGGCAUUUAGAAACUCGGGCAGUAGCCAGACGUUUCCAUCAAACGAUGUUAGAAUUUUUAACGUAGUUGGCACCUUCGAACUGAUCUCAAUCCUGAUCUCAAAAUUAGGAAGAAGAAACCAUCGAAAACACUCCCGAAAUCUUAUUGGGUACAAAAUGGACAGGGAUAUGGAUAACAUGGGAUGUUGUCGCGGGUUUCGUACACGAUUUUGCAGCAUCUUCGGGGAGCACCUUCGUUUAUUUUCGCAAAGCGUCAGAGGAGCCGUGGAGCUGCUGUACAUAAACAACAAUUUUUUUGCGACGUUAAGAUGGUUUAGCAUCGGAAGUGAAAGUAGUAUAGCGCAGUGGACGCUGUUUUGUAGUCCAGAAGCUGGGGAUGCUGUGGAAGAACCUACGGUGCCAAAUUGUAUUUCUGAUUCGAAGGGUUACGAAUAUAAGGGCUCGCAAUGGAUUAGCGUUUCCGGAGUUCCUUGCGUUCCAUGGAUGUCAAAAGAGGUUCCCAAUGAGGAAAAAGUAGAUAACAAAUUCGUCGACGGAUCUGCUAUGAAAGCGUUGAAUAAAUGCAGAAACCCUACGCGCGAUGAUAAUGGUGUUUAUUGUUAUGCAUUUACAUCCGACAAAAAUAGAACUAUUUCCAAACAGUAUUGCGCGAUACGGACCUGUAGAUCGUCAGAGUGUAAAAUGGCUGGAACUGCGAACGACUAUGUAGGCACAUUGUCCACAACACGUUCUGGACGUACUUGCGACAAUUGGCCAUUAGGUCCGCUGGUAACAGUGGAAGAGUCAACUGAUGAGCCUCUAUUUACAAAGCAUACUCGAAGACCGACUCGCGUGAAACCGCCAAGAAGAGGACCGUAUAAUCCGUAUCCACUGCUCUCUGCCGAUAUGCCAACAAAAUCUAGCACACCAAAAUACACGACUACCCCCGUCUCAAAAUUUCGAUUACCUGAAAACGUUAUACGAGAAUAUUUCAACGAUACCUUGUACGCAGAUGGAAAUGCUCGAAGUGCUAGGAAUUAUUGCAGAAAUCCAUCGCGCAAUAUUGCUGGCACUUGGUGUUAUACCACGGACUCUUCUAUACCGCAAGAUCUUUGCAAUGUCAGAGAUUGCGAGAAACCAGAAGAGUAUACUAUACUCGUUAAAGGAGACGCCACAGGCAGACGUUUAUACGUUUUACCUGAAUAUCGAUUCGAAGGUUUACGCUUCGCCUUGAAAGCUUGGGAACCAGAUCGACCAGAUUCCAUUACGUUCGUCUUCUCAGCCGAUGAUGGCUUUAAAUCGCGUUAUAUACUCAAAAUAGGAGCACUGGAUAACGAGAAAGUACUUCUUUACUAUCAAUCGGAAAGUGAAGUUGUUGUUUUGGUCAAGAAAAAAACUUUGCCACACUUACUGUACUUGGGGAAAUGGGCCAACUUUAUACUCAGUAUACCUCGAGGAAAAAUCUUACUGUAUUACGAGGAUGAACCUACACCGGUAUUUGAAUGGAGUCAUUCGGACCCAACGAAUGCUUUCUUGCCAACAUAUUAUUAUUAUAGUAGCGAAAGAGGCCGGACUGUUGGCAUUGCUUUCAAUUAUGAUUCAGGUUGUCCAGUUGAGACCACGAGGACAGAUCGUUAUGUAAUCAUCUUACCACUGUCAGUGUGGAAUCAAGAAGGGAGGCAUGUAGAACAAGUAACACUUCAUGUUCGGGGUGACGGUGCAGUUUCCGUACCACUGUUUUUGUUGCCUGGGACACCAGGUUUCUACGCACUUACAUUGAGCGAAACAGAUCAUUGGAUAACGUUCACAAAAAAUGCGUAUCCAAACGUAACAAUUUUCCACCGACAGAGGCUAACAAAUUCGUUAUUUACAACCCGUUCGUGGACUAACAUCACGAUAAGGUGGUCUGGUAAUAGCAUCAAAGUAUUCUGCAACGCAACAAACGUGUUUCUGUAUAAACACGUUACUCCUCUCCUGUUCUAUUACUUUUCCGUGGGCGUUGCCUCUGGCAGUUGGAUCACUUGGACUGUAAAUUGUCUACCAAUAGACAUAGACGGGCCACCGAUCGACGGUGGCUGGUCAGAAUGGGGCCCAUGGGCGUGCAGCGCGAGUUGCAACGGUGGCACAGGAAUUAGAAGACGACGAUGUAAUUCCCCUAAACCUAACAUCAAAGGAGAACCGUGCAUUGGAACGAAUACUAUGACUGGAAGGUGCAAUGAAAUUGUUUGCGGUGACAUAACAGAAGAUACAGUGAAUCUGAUAACUAGGAGAAUGCAAACAAACUACACUGCUCUUAUAGUAAAAGAAUUUCGAUCGACGAAAAUUGUAGCAGAUUACGAUAUUGUCGAAUUGAUUGUUAAAGAAUCACCUCGUUCUGAAAUGCAGUGGUCUUUGAAUGGCAUAUUUGUGCAAAACGAACCCUCUAGAGUGGAAUUAAAAGAUUAUAAUAUUGAAAUAAUUAGGGCCUCUCCAAACGACUCUGGAGUUUAUGCAAUGACCCUGCGUCGAAUAGAUGGAACGUACUCGAUCAUUAAAGUGAUAAGUUUGGCAGUGAUCCCAUUGCAGGAGAAUGUACGAGUAAGGGAAACCUUGAGCGUACCUAUAACAUGCCAUUGUACGAUUUUAGGCCAUGUUUAUUCGGAGCUUCGUGUGUCUUGGCAAGUGAAGAACAAAACAUGGAAAGAUUAUGGUAUUACGCUUCCCUUCGCCGUGGAUACCGAACGUAUCUUAACAGUUAACAGGACACACGAGGGAAUGUGGCAAUGUUCCGUCAAACAGAACGAUUUAAAUUUCAACUGGGUGACGAACAUCAUUUUUUUUAAAGUUCUGGGACCACCUAAUUGGAGGACAUAUUUGAUGGAAGACCAGGCGACACGUUUUAUCUUUGGCUGGUUACCAAACGAAAAAUAUGUUUCUGCUUCCGUAAUAAUUAUUUCUUUCAUCCUAGUCUCAGCUAUAAUUGUUGGUUCCAUUUUUUUCAUAAGGAAUAUGAGGAUAAACAAAGAAUUGAAUCGCCAGUAUGUUAAAUGAUUCAAUGUUGUACACGUGAAAUAAACAAAAAUUUGGAAACAAUUUUAUAUAUUAUAAUCACUGAUCGGAGUUAUUAUUCGUCGAAUAUCUAUGGAAUGUUCUAAUAGUACAGAAAUUCUAACGGAGCCUGUUGCUUCGAAUGUGAACUGUCAUCGAAAUCAGAAUCAUCAGAAUUGCAAAAUGUAGACACAACUGCAUUUCAAGAAUCACAUAAAGAUGAAGUACUCAAUGAAGAAUUUAAGGAAUCUGACACAGAAUUUCAAACGGUGCAGAGUAGAG